GUAGACGAGACUAUCUGUUAUGCCUCUUCCUCAAAACACUCAGUAGGUCAAACACACCAAAAUUGUCAACGGAUAAAAGCAAUAUCGUGAAUGUUAUUACUUCAAGUUAAUCCGUGAAAUAAUACAGCGCGUAGUGAAUAGUAAAGUUUGUCUGAUCCUGCAUGGCUGUGAGCUAACAUUAUGACAACGGCACUGCAUUUUAUAUUAUUUCUUACUGCGUCAUUAGGUCUUUCGGAAGAAGUGGAAAAUUCAACUCAGCUUGAAUGGUGGGAAACAACGCUCCUGUAUCAAAUCUAUCCGCGAUCCUUCAAAGACUCAAACGCAGAUGGUGUUGGUGAUUUAAAAGGAAUAUAUGAAAAACUCGAUUACGUCAAAAGUAUAGGAGUAGAUGCAAUUUGGAUACAGCCAUUUUAUAAGUCUCCAAUGUUUGAUAUGGGCUACGACGUUGAAGAUUACAAAGCAGUUGAUCCGAUUUUUGGAACCAUCGAAGAUUUUAAGGAGCUGCAAAAGGCAGUAACAGAUAGAGGAAUGAAGUUGAUUCUGGACUACGUGCCAAAUCACACAAGCGAUAAAUGCGAAUGGUUCAAACUCUCUGAACGACGCAUUGAGCCUUACACGGAUUAUUACAUCUGGAAAGAUCCAAAACGCAUCAAUGAUACUCAUACCACGGUUCCAAACAAUUGGAAAAGUAUUUUUCCUGGUUCUAUGUGGACUUGGAGUGACAUAAGGAAGCAGUACUAUCUUCAUCAAUUUUCAGCGCAGCAACCUGACCUAAAUUAUCGUAAUCCUAAAGUUAAAAAAGAAAUGGAGGAUGUUUUGAGAUUUUGGCUGGAUUUGGGGGCGGACGGAUUCCGAGUGGACGCAGUGUCACACCUAUACGAGGCUGCCCAUUUUAUGGACGAGCCACCUAGUAUAAAUUGGGAUACCUUUCGUAUUUACACGUUCGAACAGCCUGAAUGCGUUGAUUUAGUCAAAGAAUGGAGAGCUGUGCUAGACGAGUAUUCUAAAAAAGAUGGAAAACCCAGACUAUUGGCUCAGGAAAAUUUCAACUUUCCGCACAAAAUGCUGAAGUAUAUCGGAAAUGAGACAAAUCCUGGAUCUCAAAUUCCUUUUUUCUUUUGGUUGAUGUUUGCUCGACCCGAUUGGAACACAACUGUCAUAGACUGGUUCAUUCAUAUACAGACGGACACGUACCCGAGAAGCUCUUACAAUUGGGUGCUUGAUAAUCACGAUAACUCGAGGACCAGCUCGCGAUGGUUUGACGAGAGCGUGGACGUUUGGAAUAUGUGGAUUUUGCUUCUACCGGGACUCGCGAGUAUAUAUUACGGGACCGAGCUCGGAAUGGGGGACCUCAAGUUACGCAAAGAUCAAGAGCGGGAUGCAUUUGACGGAGGCAACGGUCGAACCGAUCGCCGAGACAGCUACAGGGGACCAAUGCUCUGGGACGGCACAGAGAAUGCAGGGUUUACUGCAUCGGAGAAACCCUGGUUGCCAGUCCAUCCGAACUACUGGCACUCGAAUGUGAAGGCUCAACAACUUGAUCCGAACAGUCAUCUGAAUACUUUCAAAAAGUUGACAGCCUUGAGGAAGAAUCCUGUUAUCACCCACGGUGACUUUCAGACCUACAAGAUCAAUACUUGGGUCUACAUGUUUACAAGGUCAUUGGAAGAUGAAACCAUUGCGGUACUGCUCAACAUUGGCUCAGAAACGGAGAAAGUUUGUGUCAAAAAUGUGGGAUGUGCACUACCGGGCGGCAUGUCCGUGCUUAUUCGUAGUGAAAAUUUGGAACUGAAUGUUGGAGAGAAGGUUUUCGCAAACACGAGAACCAACAGAUGCAUUCGCAUGAGGCCACACUCAGGACUGGUUUUGGGCACGAGUACAGCAGCUCCCGUAUCCUUCUCAAUUUGUAUUUUACUUUUUGGAAUCUUCUCAAAAUUCCUCUUGUAAAUUUUGUCCAUUCUCACUAUACUCGAUGCGCAGAAAGCUGUAUAAACUGGCCAUUGUUAUCGAGGCAACUCACCAAUAUAAUUCACUUUUAAUCACACGAUCAUACUUUCUUUUAAGGGAGGGUAUAAGAAACUUUCAAAAUAUUAUCACCAAGUUGCUUAUAUUUUGAAGCAGGAUAAUCUCCAAAUUUGAUUUAUUUUUUUCUUUUCCUUUUUUGAUGUGUUAUUCUUCUUUUUGUUUCUGUGCUGAAUUGUAGCCAUUCGAUCUCUCUAAAUAAUGUUCUACAUUUAAAUGUCAUUCAUAUUUGAAAUAUGUUAGUAAUAAAUUGAUUCUCCAGCCAA